GUUUAGUGAAUCAGUUCAGGUGCCGGUCUAUGUGCCACUAAGGGCCUUAUUAUAACCCUCUGAAACUCUAGACUCUCAGGUAGAAUUAUCCUCGAAGCUACCCGCUUGCCAGUUGAAAAUAGGUUACCGGUUUUGCCUUCAAAGUCUUACAUUCUCUCUCACGCCCGAGGGCUCUCGUCUCGCCCAGUGCGCACGCUUAACCGGCUGUACACGGGUAUCUGACUGUCAGUGUCGGGUGGGGCAGUGUAGACUCAGGACGGAGCUUGUGGACGAGCAUUUGCACAACAUCUGUGGACAGGGCACAACACAGAAUUGUUGUAGCUUUUUCGGGAAUCUUUCGGUGUCGGCUCAUUUCGAUUGUGAUAAUAGUUGGAUUUAAGUGUAAAUGAUUGUGUGAAACAAGACAAGGACUAUCAACAGCCAUGCAAGGCGUGUCUCUGUGGGUCUCGGCCCUUGUGGUGUUUAUAGCAGUGAAGACAUCAUUUCAGGAUGAUGUUCCAUUGGACUGCCAGUCAGGUUGGACGCGCAUUGGUGUUCAGUGUUACAAGUUAUAUAAAGGAAUCGUACCAUGGGAAAGUGCUGUCAAAAUUUGUAAAAGCUACGGAGCUGAAAUGGCAAAAGUCACAGACUUUUAUGAAAACCAGGAUGUGGGCAAUUUCGCAAGCAGUCUCAGUACAGACAAGUAUUGGAUUGGGUAUAGCAGAUAUAUUUAUUCUAAAUAUGGUUUCACUCGAAGAGAUGCUUCCCCUGGUAAUCAGCGGAUAGGAUAUUGGAGCGACGGUCAAGUAACAUCAAUUGCAGCAGGUUUCUGGGAAAAUGAUCAACCAGAUUCUGACAAAUUUGGAAAAUGUGUCUACGUCAUGAAGAAAAUGGACACAUAUUAUUGGUCAUUUGGUCCUUGUGAAAUGAAGUUGUCCUAUGUUUGUCAGAGACCAGCUUGUCCAUCUGGGAGCUACCAUUGUACUAAUGGCCAAUGUAUAAACCAGAACCUGGUCUGUGAUGGAGACGAUGACUGUGGAGAUGCCUCUGAUGAAAGGAACUGUGCUAGUCGAUGCAAGUACUACUUAAACCAAGCUGCAGGCUCAAUCAGCUCCAACAACUACCCAAGCAACUACCCAGAUGCUAGGAACUGUCAGUGGGUGAUCCACGUCCCGCUUGGACAGAAUGUUUACCUCAAAUUCACCAACUUCUCCACGGAGAUGGGGGCUGAUAUAGUGCAAGUGUUGGUUGGAGGACAGACUGAGACCCAGGGGCAGCUUGUGGCCUCCCUGUCCGGGGAUAGGCAGGCCAGUCUUCCUGAGUUCACCAGCUUCAACAACUUCAUCAUUGUCAAAUUCACCUCCGACAGCAGCAGCAAUGCACUUGGCUUCAGAGCUGAAUUCAGUGGAAGGAGUGCCAAUCUUCAGCCAUUCCAGAAUCUCCAGGCGAUAGAUGCUCCGAAGUUCCUCAAUGCCCCAAACUACCCGUCCAUGUACUUUGGAAAUAAGGACUACACCUGGAUCAUCAACACACUGAUGCAGACACAGAUCAUCACUCUCAAUAUCAUGGAGGUAGACUUGAAGGGCAUGGACAAGAUCAUGAUCCGAAAUGGUGACUCUGUGAAGGCUAACCUGCUGUACAUGUUCACAGCUGACACAGACGUGGGUGACGUCCCAUUCAUCUUCUCCACUGGCAACAGCAUGUACAUCACCAUGCAGACACGUGGCUACCAAGUCGGGAAAGGAUUUAGAUUCACAUAUAGACAAGGAUGUGACAUGCUGCUGACAUCCAUGAAAGGCAGACUCUUCUCACCCGGCUAUGCCCUUGAUGGUAACACUGCCAUGAACUACUCCAAUGACAUCUCAUGUAACUUCAGAGUGGACGUGCCUGGCAAACCCAAUAUCACACUAAUCAACAGAGGAUUCAAGACACAGACAAGUGAAGAUGUAGUGACUGUCCACUAUGGAGGUGCUAGCCCAGAUGUUCUCUCUGGGGACACCGUUGUGCAAAGCAGAUCAAACAAUGGAGAAUUCAAUGUCACCUUCAAAACCAAUGCCAUAAUAAGAGAGAUGGGAUUUCUGUUUGAAUAUUCAAUAGACUGCCCCAACCCUAACUUCAAUGAAAACACAGUUUUGACGCCAUCAAACGCAAACUGGCAGUUUAUGUCCGAGUUUGUGGUGACGUGCAAGGAUGGUUACAGGUUUGCCUCACAAGAGGACCAGGACAAAAGCAAGGCUCCUGCCUUUGAAAGCUUCUCCGUUGCAAGAAUGAAAUGCAUGUAUGGAGGAAAGUGGGACCGUGAUACCACUCCAAGCUGUCAGCCCAAGUACUGUGGUUCUGCACCUCUCGUGAAUAAUGCUUACGUCAACUCCUCAACUGGCCAGAGCAGCAGCGUUGGUGGGAGUGUCACCUACUCCUGUUAUCCUGGGUUCACUCUCUCAAACUCUGCUACCAUCAGCUGUCGCAAUGAUGGCACCUGGGGGCCGACCCCCACCUGCACAAUUGCCUCAUGCAGUCCUUUAUCUACAACCUUGAACUUCGGAACUGUCACAAAGGUUGAAGGAGACGGCACUGAGUUUGGAUCCAUCGUGAACUUUACCUGCAAUGCAGGCUACCAGAUAUCAGGAGAGCCCAUCCUCUUCUGUACCUCAAGCAGUACUUGGACUGCUAAUGUCCCUUCCUGUAUACCACUGAAUUGUCCAAUACCCCGCAUCCCUCAUGGAAGGUUGACCAGCACACAGGAGGCCUUCUUUGGAGUCCUCCGCCAAGUCACUUGUGACAGCGGCUACAGGCUCAACACCUCCAGCAGCCAGGUCACAUGUGGUGCUGACCAAAUGUUUACAAACCUGGAUACCAUGGCGUGUGAAGAUAUCGAUGAGUGUCCUGGACCAUGUGCCCAGGACUGCAUGAAUACAGAUGGUUCUUACAAGUGUUCCUGUCGGCCCGGCUACACUCUCAAUGCUAAUGGACGCUCCUGUGAUGAUGUUAAUGAAUGUAACGCUGACAAUGGUGGUUGUAGCCAAGUAUGUGUGAAUGACGUGGGAAGCUACAAGUGUCAGUGUAACUCAGGCUAUCAACUCUUCUCCAUGGAUGGCCAGCUCAACUACACCCUCGCCAACAAUGAGGAUGGCACCAUGGCAGGCGACAUUUACAGAUUCAACCAUACAUGUGUCCGUAUCCAAUGCAUGGACCCCCCACCACUGGACAAUGGCUACAUCCUGAACAGCCGCAAGUACUACCGAUUUGAAGAUAGAAUCAUCAUGUCCUGUAACAUUGGGUUCAACUUGAUUGGUCAGUCCCUUCGUAUCUGCCAAGCUAAUGGACGAUGGAAUGGGACAGCACCCACCUGUAGUCCUGCCAUAUGUCCUCCUGUGAGUAUCCCGGGCAACCUGAAGACCACUCCUAGUGUGACUCCAUCUGGGAGUGUAGACUACCUGGGCAAUGUCAAUAUUUCUUGUAAUGUGCCUGGCCGAGUAUCUUUCCUUAAACAACGUCAGUGUCUGUUGGACCCCGACACUAAACAGUACAAGCUGUUCGGUGCACAGUUAGAGUGUGGAGUGAUUGACUGUGGCACACCAUCUGGUGUCCCUGGAGCUGUCAUACCUGCAGGCAUCCAAACAACCUACGGCACACAGUUUCAAUUUGUCUGUAAGAACCAGUACACAAAAGAGGGAACAUCCAGUCUAAAUAACGAUACUGUUCAGUGCAAGAGCAAUGGCUACUGGGGAUGGGGCACUCUCAGGUGUCUUGGUAAUACUUGCAGUGACCCUGGUCGACCUGUGGAUGGCACACAACAUGCAACCUCUUAUGAGGAGAAUAAUCAGGUCAACUAUACAUGUAAUCGCCCAGGCUACACCCUACAAGGUGCCACACCCCUCACCUGUAUACUCGACAUUGGUUUGAAGUGGAACCGACCUGUCCCCACAUGUGUUGAUACCCAGAAACCUACAUUCAGCAACUGUGUGGCCGAGAAAACUGUCAGUAAAUACACAACAGCAUCGAAUGCUGUCACUCCUCCAACACCAUCUGACAAUACUGGCAUCAAAUCAAUGACCAUCACACCUACAUGGCCUUCAGAUCAGCUACUCAUUGCAUCAGAGGAAGACUUUGUAUUCACAGCUGAAGACUUCAAUGGCAACAAGGAAUUUUGCACUACAAAAGUCAAAGUAUUAGAUGAAGUACCACCAACAAUUCGAUGCCCAGAUCCAGUGGUAGAGGAAUUCAAGGAAGAAACUGACCACAAAUAUUGGCAGUUUAGUGUAUCUGCAUUAGGUAUGAUUGUAAGUGAUGACAGUGGCAGCACUCCCUCUGUUCUCUUCAACCCUCCAGCACUGAACAUUUCUGCAGCCUUCAUCAGCCAAGCCAACUUUGUUCAAUGGGUCACAGCUACUGCAAUUGAUGCUGCAGGAAAUAGAAACACAUGCCGAUUCCAGGUCAUGGCAAAAGCUGCCAUUUGUUCACCAAUGUCCAUCCCCAAGCCUGUGAAUGGUCAGAAGUCCUGCACAGCCCUCAUCAAUAAUGGUGGCUACAGAUGCGAUCUUACUUGUGAUGCUAACUACGCCUUCUAUGACCAGUCUAGCCAGACAACCGUGACUACUUCCUGUAUCACAGAUGGUCCGUUCGAUAAAGCUGUGAUUCCUGCAUGUUCUUUCACACAAUCAGAGACGGCCAAAUUCACACAGAUCAUCAGAUUUUCUUAUGAUGCUAGUACAGCCAGUACUCUGGCAGAUACCUGUAAGCAGGGCUAUGCUACUAUGAUGACACCAGUACUCAACAAUCAGAGAACAAGACUCAACAAUUACUGUCUUAAUUUACGAGAAGUGCCGACUCUUGUUCUCCUUAUUGCCAGCCCACAGAAUGAUAUUUCCAUCAACACAGCUACAAACAAGGUUAUAAUCAACCUCACUCUGAUUUAUGAGGGGCGAGACACAGCCUUGCUGGCAUCUUGUGCGACUCUAGUGGACACAAUACUGAAGGACUUCAACUUUGAUGAGACAAAAGCAAUUGCAGGGUAUUCCAGUCAGCUGCUUCCUGUCUCCUGUCCAGCUAUCAACUCCACGUCGCCGGGGAUAGAAACCUUCCGGGAUUUCAGUUGUGCUUCAAACAGAAAGAAACUUACUCUGGGAAGCCUAAUUGCUUGCUUGAGAUGUCCUGUUGGUACUUACAACUCUGGAGGAAAUACAUGUACCGCUUGUCCUCUUGGACAAUACAAUGAUGUAGAGGGUGCCACCACCUGCAAGGACUGUUCAACUGGCCAAUGGACAUUCAGUAUUGGGGCUAGCUCUAACCUCAUGUGUAGACCUAUGUGUGGUUCUGGCACAUUCUCUUCCACAAGACUCCCGCCAUGCAAAGUGUGUCCCUUGAAUACAAUUUGGGUUAACAGCACCUACUGUCGUUCAUGUGGCGCCAAUGAGAUCACCCGUGUCUAUGCUGCUACCGAAGCUAGUCAGUGCAAGGCCCAGUGUGGAGCAGGAACCUACAAUGCUAUUGAUGGUCAUGCUGAAUGCAUACCGUGUCCUAUAAACUUUUACCAGGACCAAGUUGGACAAAAGACUUGCAAGGCAUGCUCAACCAAUGAAGUAACAGCUGGGCCAGGCUCAACAGCGCAGUCGAACUGCACUAGCGGAGCUCUGUCUCCUGUGUGCACCAACUACUGUCAGAAUGGAGGAUCUUGUAGUGUUAUCCGACACAGUCCCUCCUGCUCUUGUCCAGAAGGGUAUUCAGGACAGCGGUGUGAGAUUGGAGACAACCCUUGUGCCUCUAGUCCAUGUUACAAUGGCGGGGCGUGCAACAUCCUCAAUGUGACAACAUAUUCCUGCAGCUGCCCAGCAGGCACCAGUGGUCCGAGAUGUGAGACUGAUGUUAAUGACUGUACUUCAAGCACAUUGUGUCAGAAUGGAGGCAUGUGUCAAGACCAAAUCAACACUUUCAAAUGUCUCUGCAAAGAUGGAUUCACAGGAACAAUAUGCACCAGCCCUCAACCUAUAUGUGAUUCCCUGCCAUGUGGUAAUGGUGUGUGUAAUCCCAUCGGCUCAUACCGUAGAGAGUGCACUUGUGUAGCUGGCUUUACUGGGAAAAAUUGCGAGACUAACAUUGAUGACUGCAAAGACAACCCCUGUUUAUAUGGUGGGACGUGCAUUGAUGAAGUGAACAACUACACAUGUCAAUGCCCCCUUGGGUUUGUUGGUCCCCGGUGUGAAACACGACGAAACAAAUGUGCUGGUGUUACAUGCGGAAAUCGUGGCCAGUGUAUAGAGGACCAUGUGGAGAACACAUACCGAUGUAUCUGCAAUCCAGAAGCUUCUUAUGGAGAAUACUGUGAGUACAGUCUUUCAUUGAACAAAAAGUUAGAGACACCAACAUUCUCAAGGAAUGAAACAGGGAAGACAUUGAUGGACUGCAGGGACACCUGCAACAGUCAAGGAUCUUCUUGUCGGGCAUUCUCCUACUUCAGAGCUGAUCAGAGGUGCAUGCUUCAUUCCACAAGAGCUGGCAACCUUCUUCCUCUUGUUCCUGAGCAAGGGGCUUCUUACUACGUCAAGAAGUGCAGCUAUAUCAAAGAUGAUUUCUACACUGAGUGGUACAACACCCCAGACAACCGCACAUCAGGGAACUACGUCUUACUCAGCGACAUGAGAAACACUCUGCAGCUGGACAUCUGUGGAGGUAGCUUCCCUAUAGAUAUACAAUGUCGGGACGCCACCACCAAGAAGAUCUCAACCAAUGUCGGAAGUCAGUGUAUACUUGACCAAGGCUUCAAGUGUGUCAAUAGCCUACAAACAGCUGGAACCACCUGUAACCAGCAUGAAAUUCGUUUCAAAUGUGGAGUAAGUCGAGUAUUCAAGGAGAAAACAUGCAGCAUUCCCCCAUACUGUGCUAGUUCCCCAUGCAUGAACGGUGCCAGCUGUCGUGAGGUUGGGCUGACCUUCGUGUGUGACUGUGCCCCUGGUUAUGGAGGUUCUCUCUGCCAGAAAAACCUGGACAACUGUGCCAACCAACCCUGCUUGAAUGGCGGUACCUGCACAGAUGGCGUUAACACCUUCACCUGCAAAUGCGCCAUGGGAUAUGAAGGGUCUACUUGUGCUGGAACUAUCAACUUCUGUAACCCAAAUCCCUGUAACAGUACCGGCAGCUCUCAGUGUACAAGCAUCCUCACCGGUCCAUUUUGUCACUGCAAGCCAGGAUAUGACAACCCCGUCUGCAGUAACAACAUUGAUGAGUGUGCCAGCAGCCCCUGUCUCCACAAUGGCGUCUGCACUGAUGGCAUCAACGACUUCACUUGCGGAUGUAAGGACGGGUGGACAGGAAAACGUUGCGAGAGUCUCGUUACCCCCUGCAGCUCCUCCCCUUGUAUAAACAAUGCAAACUGCUUUGACAUCUUCUCCAACUACUUCUGCAGAUGCAAGGCCAACACCUAUGGUCAGAAAUGUCAGUUUGCUCCCAGCAUAUGCAGUAAUGCCAACCCAUGUGUCAAUGGAAUGUGCUCCGAAUCGGCCGGGGUCACCACCUGUGCCUGUGGACAGGACUACACGGGCAAGGGCUGUGAAGUGCAGGUGCACCACUGUAAGGCGGAUACAUGCAAGAACAAGGCUGAGUGCAGUGCUCCCUCACUCAAUAACUACAAUUGCUCUUGCCCCAAGGGUUUCACUGGGACAAACUGUGACACCAACAUCAACAACUGUGCUGGAGUGUCGUGCCCAGGAACAUCAAGAUGCAUUGAUGGAGUGGACCAAUAUUUCUGUCGUUGCCCCGUUGGCAAAAGUGGAAUAGACUGUAGUCAAGAUCUGGAUCGCAACUAUGACAUGCUGUUUAAACUGCCACAGAAGACAAGCCAUGCUUACCUCCCCUACCCGAUCCAACUCACAGCUAACAAGCUCAGUGUCAGUCUGUGGGUCAAAUUCUGGGAGAAAGAUGGAACCGGGACAUUCUUCACUCUGUAUUCAGUCGAUGGUCCCAACAGCCUGGCUGGCAAGAAGGAACUGAUACGCAUUGACCAUUCCGGACUGACCAUUUCCGUGAAUGGUACCACUAGCAGUGUUAAACUGCCAUACUUCAAGUAUAACGAUGGUAAAUGGAACCAGAUUGCAGUUACAUGGAAUGGCGAGACUGGACUCCUCAACUUUGUAGUCAACACUAUUGCCGAGGAUGUUCAAAACUAUGCGAAGGGCAUGAUGAUUGAUAAAUAUGUAUGGAUGGUUCUUGGGAGCAAGUAUGACCCUGUGACAGAGAUGCCUGUGCUGAAUGAAGGUUUCAAUGGCUGGUUGAGUCAGGUGUCACUCUACAACAGAGAUCUCACAUUUACAUCAGAAAUACCUCUGAAGCUUGAGAACCCACAACAGGUCUUCACUGAUGAAAUCUUUGCAUGGAAUGAGUUCCGCAGAUCCCAGGGUGUGUCUCUUGUCAUCCCGUCAACUGCUUCGUCCACAUCCUGCCCCAGGGGGUACUCAGGAGGGAACUGUGAAGUGGCAGAUGAGAAAAAGCUCCUUGUGUCCCCCACAAAGUGUCCUGGCGACAUAGUCCAAUUGGGAACAACUCGCAUCACUGAAGUGACCUGGGAUGAUCCUGUAUUUGAGGGGAAAGAUUCAACCAUCAUUUCCACUCACAAGUCAAGGGAUGUGUUUCUGUGGGGCCGCUAUCAGGUCGUAUAUCUUGCCAGCAACUCAGCAGGAAACAAGGGACUCUGCAGCUUCAAGAUCUUCAUCCAAUAUUCCAGCUGCACACCGCUACAGAAUCCUAUCCGUGGAAAUGCACAAAGGAGUGUUAUCAGUGACCCUCUGAUUACAACUAGUAUCAAUUGUGAUUCUGGCUAUUCCAUUGUACACCCAGUCCCGAAACUCUACACGUGUCCCAGGAUUGGAAGUUACAACCCACCAAUGAAGUACAACUCAUUCCGACUACCACCAUGUGGAGUAAUUGUUAACAACAAUCUAUAUCAAGUGAUAGUACAGCUGUUCUACACUGUAAUCUCCACCAACCCUUCUGGCAUUGAAACCAGCAUGAGGACUGAGAUACUCAGUGCCCUGAGAACACUCAAUGCUGAGUGGAGUAAUGGACUAUGCGAUAAAACCGACUGCUCUGAUGCCGUCAUCAACAUUCAGAGUGGAGUAACAACUGGACGGAGGAAGAGGCAGUCAACUCUGGACACCAGCGUCAACAUCACCCUCCCAAUGGCAAAAGCGUCUUCAAGCCUUGGGUCUUUACGUCUCACCCCUGAUGACAUACUCCGUCUGGCUGUGCUAAACCAGGGCAAGUUUGACUUCUCACGGAACAUCCCAAAUGCAGUUCCUAUAAGGGACCUCGUUAAGAUACUUCUUUCCAUCUCAUGUGCCACAGGACAGGCAGUUGUUAACGGACAAUGUGUAAAAUGUGCUCCCGGUACCUACUACAAUGCUGCCACAAUGACAUGUGACCUGUGUCCAGUCGGUCAGUAUCAGCCGAAUGAGGCUCAGUCUAGCUGUCUGCCCUGUGGAAGCAAGACAACAGAACUUGCUGGGUCAUCUAGUGCAAGUGACUGCAAAGUUACUUGCACAACUGGUCAUAGGUUUGACAAUGCUGGCAACACUUGUCUUCCUUGUCCAAUCGGGUUCUAUCAAAACAUGACAGGCCAGUUCUUCUGCUACCCUUGCUCUGUGGAGAAAACAACCAGAACCACAGCCUCCAUCUCUGAAGGCCAGUGCUACGUUGGGUGUGGUAAGGGGCAUCAGCUGGCCCCAAAUGGAACCUGCCAAGAAUGCCCCCUGGGCAAGUACCGCAGUGCUGUUAUGUCCAAGUGUGAAGACUGUGCUACUGGCCUGACAACUAAUUCAACUGGAGCGGAUGCUAUGAGUUUGUGCAAUGUUGGGGACUGUCAAGCUGGGUUUUUCCGGAACAACGUGAAGCAGACUGAGUGCCUGAAAUGUCCACGUGGAACCUACCAGGAUCUGAAGCAGCAGUACAGCUGCAAGGCGUGUGGCAGCAGCCCUCAGUACAUCACAGUGGGAGAUGGCUCAACAUCUGCAGCAGAGUGUAGAUUUGUUUGUGAAGAUGGAUUUCAAAGGUUUGUGCAACAAAAUGUGGACACAUGCAUCCCUUGCCCGGUCGGAUUCUAUCGGAAUAAAACCCUCCUACCAUAUGAUGUGUGUGCAUCAUGUGGCCCUGACCGCAGCACUGCAUCAACCCACUCCAAGUCAUUCAGUGAUUGUUCCAUCUUGAAAUGCCCAGUUGGACAGCAACCAGACUCAACCAAUGCAAACUGUGUUAACUGUCCAUUCGGGACAUAUCAAAAUCAGUCAAACCAGCCAAACUGUAUCUCCUGUACUGGCCAAACCAGCACUCGCCAGAAUGGCUCGCAAAGCAGGACACAAUGUGAAGCUUAUUGUAAUGGAGGUCAGGAGAAGCUUGCAGAUGGUUCAUGUCGGACAUGUCCUUUAGGCUACUACAAGGACAAUAGUGUCUAUAAGUUCAUGUCAUGUGAAAAGUGUCCAAUCAAUUUCGUGACAUCUGCACCUGGAGCUGACUCAGCUGCAAAGUGCAAUAUAUACCAGUGCCAAGCUGGUUACAAGAUUGUGGGCAAUGGAUGUGAGGCAUGUCCUGUGGGCUAUUAUCAACCAGAACCAUAUAAGAGUUCCUGUAAGAUGUGUCCCGGUAAUACCUCCACCCGACAGAAUGCCACUGUUAAUGUCACACAAUGUGAAGCACAUUGUCCAUCUGGUUCUGACAAGGAUAUGACCACAGGCCAAUGUAAACCAUGUGCGAGGGGUUUCUAUAAGGCAAACAGUGCUGGUGUGUUCAGCGAAUGUGUUAUGUGUUCAUCUACCUUCAUCACUGCAUCAACAGGAUCUACAUCUAGUAGUGACUGUUCAGUUCACAACUGCACUGCCGGCCAGAAAACAACAAGCACAGGAUGUGUGGACUGUCCCAAAGGAUCGUACCAGUCACAGAAGUGGCAGACAAACUGCGCCAUGUGUGCCACAGACAAGACCACAUCCACCAGUGGGGCCACAUCAGCCACUGACUGUAUCUUGAGCUGUCCUCCAGGCAAGGAAGACAUUGCUGGGGUCUGUGUCUUAUGUAAGCAGGGAUUCUACAAGAGUGAACAGAAGGCCUCUCCGUGUAUGGAAUGUCCUACAAACAAAACAACAUCAGGCAGUGGAGCCAUCGCUUCAACAGACUGUAACCAAAUUGGUUGUCCAGCCGGGUAUUUUCAAGACUCCUCUACUUCCUGCCAACCAUGUACUUACGGAUUCUACCAACCUAAAAAGUGGCAGUCAAAUUGCGAUAAAUGUGAUACCGGAAGUACAACAUAUAGUCUGGGAGCAAUGGCUGUAACAGACUGUGUUGUGGAUUGUAGUAAGGGACAGCAGUUCAACGCUGGCACAGGUAAAUGUGAACAAUGUCCCCAAGGCUACUAUCAGGACAAGCUCAAUCCCGAACUGUCGCAGUGUAUCAUGUGUUUUGACACCAAUGUUAUCACUGCUGGACCUGGAGCCACAUCUGCUGCCAGCUGUACUGUCAAAAACUGCACAACCCCUGGACAGUACCGAAAUAGUACUACCAACCUCUGUGAAGACUGCCCUGUCAGAACCUACCAGGACACGAAAUGGCAGGAUUCUUGCAAGACAUGUGCAACGGGUUACACCACACGCAACACGAAAAGUCCAAGUUCGGCAAGCUGUCUUCGUGACUGUGAAGCAGGCAAGACACAAAUCGGGGAUGCCUGUACAGACUGUCCUGCAGACUUCUACAGAAACAAGACCACCUGGACCUGUCAACCAUGCCCCGCUGGCCUCAAGACCUCGAAUGUGGGGGCCCCGUCAGUGAAUGCCUGCAACGUGUCUGCCUGCUUACAAGGAACAUACUUUAAACGAGAUGAGAGUAGAUGUGUUGACUGCCCUCUCAAUUAUUACCAAGAUUUAGUAUCCACAUUUGAGUGUAAGAAAUGUCCUUCGUCCAAGUUCACCACAACUAUGGGCAGCAGAAGUCAAUCAGAUUGCGUUGGUUUCUGUGACACAAGUAACAACUGUUCAUCUAAUGCCAGAUGUGUGGAAGAUCGCAUUACCAAGUACAAGUGUGAAUGUAAUGCCAAUUUCCAAGGCAAUGGUUUUACCUGCACCCAUGUGUGUGACCUGGACUACUGCAAACAUGGGAGCACCUGUACCCGUGGCCCACCUGCACAGUGCCAGUGUACCGAGUUCUAUAUGGGGGACCAGUGUGAUAUAAGACGAGCGGCUGAGCUUGUAUCAAACCAGCAGACAUUAACAAUUGUGGGUCUUGUUAUCGGAAUCCUUGGCUUCAUCUUGCUGCUCAUCCUUAUAGCAGCAUGUCUGUAUCGUCGAAGAAAACCUGCACCGUCAAGGCAGACUCCCAGUGAGUAUGAUGACCGAGCCAGCCUGGCAGCAACCAGAGGACCCUAUGACUACCCUCUUGCCUAUGUCCCAUCAAAAACAGCAUCAGUUAUCAGUGGGCCAAGAUAUAUGCUGCCACAAACUGUGGAGAAGAGUUUUGAUAAUCCACAAUAUGUUAUUUCAGCCCCAGCUACUUUCAACCAUUCUGUGAGGUCCCGGGUUACCCGACAGGAAGUUGAUUAUACAAGUAUCAUAUGAGCCUGGUAGGAAGGUGAUCAAAGGGUCUAUCAACUCUAAAGAUGACGACCCUGCUGUCUACAAAGCUUAGCAAUAAUUCAGCCAGAGAUUUGCAACAUCACAGUCACCUUUCAUCAAUAUGUCGCACAUAUUUUGCUCACCUUGAAACAGCAUUUAUCUGUAUUUUUAUGAAAUACACUCUCUUUUUGUAAUUAUCAGAAAUGAUUUUUUUAAGUUGAUGCAACUGAACUCUUUGGGAAUGUUUAUAAUUAUUUACACAUUUCAUAUGUUAAGAGAGAUUAAUUUUGUCUGUCAUUUUUCUUAUGACAAAUUAUUUCUGAUUUCCAUGGUUAACCCAAUUCUCCUUUUGUUUACAUCUAGUAUUGUAAUUUAGAAAUCCAUUCUGAUGGUAUGCUUCUGAAUGAAUGUACUAAUAGUGUAUGUUAUGUUUUCAAUACUUUGUGGUAUCAUGACCUUGGUACUCAUUAUGUCAGACAUGAAUGGCAUGUACAUAGCAGUGCUAUUUUCUGUCAACAUGUUUAUGUGAUAUGAGUCCUUUGAAUCUUAAUGUCCUAUUAUAAACUAAUCAGCAUCAAUAAAGUAGCUGUGUAACUAUCACAAAGGCUAUAGCAAAUUUGGGAUUGUCAUUCCACUAACAUUGUUUAUGGUACAUUAAACCCUUCAUUUGUAGUACAAGUAAAUUGGCUUGAUUUGUGUUAACCUGUUACAAAAGAGGAAUCAAUUAAAAAUGAAAUAUCACAUUGUCUGUUCUCAUGCAUGAAAGACUAUCUGGAUACUUGUUUAUUUUUAAUUAGAUUCAGUGAAAGAUUUUGAAGAAAAUCUGUAUUCAGGGAUGAUACUUGAUGCCACAAAUUUGUGAUAUUUUUUGUGUAAGAUUGUAUAUAUUGUGAAUACUCUAAAAAGAUGAGAGAUUAUUUCAUACACAUAGCAUGGCUAAAGUAGUAUGAGUGUAUUAUGAAACCUCACUGUAUAAACUGUACACUGAAGAAUUGCCUCCCUAAGUUUAUAUUCUAGUUGCAAUAGAUAGACCUUUAUAAGAUGUAUUACUAACAAUUAGAGACUACCAACCCAAAGUUCAAAUUCUUGUUUGUCAUAUUUAUUGCAGAUGAAUUUUGCUAUGCAGUGUAUUUCUGAUCAUUGAUUUGACCUGACAAAAAGCUAGUCGGCUUGAUGAGACAGAAGGACCUUUGUACCUUAUUGAAAGAGAUACUGUACUUACAAUUGCAGGGAUAGAACUAAACUCAAAAACUUUACUAGCCCGUGUUAAGAUAAAUACCCUCAUAAUGUAAAAACAAUGGGGAAACUGGGAACAUUUGUACUAGCCCACAGGAAUUUGUACUAGCCCCAGGCUAGCAGGCUAGUGUUAAUUUCUAACCCUGCAAUUGAACUAAUAGUUUGUUAUAAGAGAGACCAGCAACUAAUGCCUUAUGUUAAUAUCAUUGCUCAUUAAACUUCACUCAUAUCACCAAACUCAUGCAAUUUUAACCAAGUAUUGUGGAUAUUAUAUUUUAUAUAUUGAAUAAAUAAUCUAUGUAAUA